AUGUAUCACCAACAAAAUUAUCAACCACAUUUCCAGCCAAAUCAACCUCCUCAUCAAUCUCAGUUCCAACCUCAAAACAAGCAACAAGGAAGUAGUUCAAGCGGAUCGGGAAUGUCUUUGGAAGACAUUGUCAAGAGUUUAGCGACAAGUACUCAAACAUUUCAAAAUGAGACCAAGGCAAGUAUCAAAACUUUGGAGCAACAAAUGACUCACCUUGCCACUUUUGUUAGUAAAGUGGAGUCACAAGGCAAACUACCCGCACAAACAGAAAAGAAUCCAAAGCAUAGUGCAUGUGCCAUCACUUUGAGAAAUGGAAAAGAAUACGAAGGUCCAAAGAUGAUUGAAGAAGAAGAAGAGGUGGAGUUAGAGAAAGAAGAAGAGAAGUCGAAAUCACCUUCAAAGCAAGUUCCCAAUAAAGUAAAAGUCACUCCUCCUCCAUUUCCCACAAGGUAUGCUAAAUUCCUUAAGGAAUUAUGCACAUCUAAGAAAAGAUUAAAAGGGAAUGAAAUGUUCAAUGUAGGUGAAAAUGUAUCUGCAGUGUUGCAGAAAAGACUACCUCAAAAAUAUAAGGAUCCGGGUGUUUUCACGGUUCCUUGCAAGUUAGGUAAUCUUCAUGUUCCACGAGUUAUGUUAUACCUUAGAGCUUCUAUCAAUGUUUUGCCAUAUUCCAUUUUUAAAACAUUAAAUACUGGCAUAUUGAAGAAGAUCGGGGUGAUCAUUCAAUUGGUUGGUCGAUCUUUAGUAGAUCCAAAAGGUGUGCUAGUCCAAGUGAAUGAACUAGUAUUUCAAGCAGAUUUUUAUGUCCUUGACAUGGAUGAUGAUGACUCACCAAAUUUGAGUUCAAAUCUUCUAGGAAGACCCUUUUUGAAAACAGCCCAGACAAAAAUUGAUGUUUAUGAUUGUACAUUGUCCAUGGAAUUUGAUGGAGAAGUGAUAAAUUUCAAUAUCUAUGAUGCUAUGAGAUAUCCAAGUGAUAUUUCAUCUUUGAAUUUUGCGGAUGUUAUUGAACCAUUCACCGAAGAGUGUUUUCAUUUGUCUAAUCUCGAUGUGUUAGCUUUCAUUUUAGACAAAAAUCUUCAAAAGGAUGGAGUGGAAAAACUUGCUAAGCAAUUAAAAAUUGAUGAAGAGAUUAUGGAAGUUGUAUCUUGCAUGGAUCAAAAGAAGAAAAUGAGGUUUGAUGUUCCGAAACUGAAAUGA